ACCGGAAACGACCGAACACAUCCGCCAGCUGUCAGGCAAGCUACUACAGUUAGCUAACAACUCAUCUCUUGUGACUUCUGAAUUUAUCUUACUUAUCAGUGAAAUAUGAUCAAAGCUAUUUUAAUAUUUAACAACCAUGGGAAACCACGGCUCAUUCGAUUUUACCAAUAUUUUGCGGAAGAUUUGCAGCAACAGAUCAUUCGAGAGACAUUCCAUUUGGUGUCUAAGAGGGAUGACAACGUCUGCAACUUCUUGGAGGGCGGAAGUCUAAUUGGCGGCUCAGAUUACAAGCUGAUAUACAGACAUUAUGCCACACUCUACUUUGUGUUUUGCGUUGACUCUUCAGAAAGUGAGCUUGGAAUUCUUGAUCUUAUACAGGUGUUUGUGGAGACCCUGGAUAAAUGCUUUGAAAAUGUCUGCGAGUUGGACCUUAUAUUUCAUAUGGAUAAGGUACACUACAUUCUGCAGGAAGUAGUGAUGGGUGGUAUGGUGUUAGAGACCAACAUGAAUGAGAUUGUGGCCCAAGUGGAACUACAGAACCGCAUGGAAAAGUCAGAGGGGGGAUUUUCUGCUGCUCCGGCACGUGCUGUCUCAGCUGUGAAGAACAUGAACCUCCCAGAAAUGCCACGUAACAUCAAUAUAGGAGACAUCAAUAUCAAAGUUCCCAGCCUGUCACCCUUCUGACCACAGAGAACAGCAGGCCAUGCUGUCGGGCCAUAGGAGAGAUUCCUCUCUCACAGUCUGCUCUAAAGAUGUAAUGUGCUACUGAUCAAUCAGGCUAACUGAUAAUAUUCUAGAAAUGAGAGUAUUGAUUAUUUUGUCUUUAAGAUGAAACCGUAACCGCUUUUUCUGCAGUCAUUCAUUUAUACCUGUGGGCAGGUGUAUGUAGCAUAAUUCUUCCUGUACAUUUCAAUUCAGAUUUCUCCAGUUUUGUGAUUUGCACAGCAUUUGCAGGUUUUGCUUCAAAACUUAGAGUAGCAAAAAUGUCAUUUUUGUUUUGUAUUUGGUGUCAUGUUAAUCAGUUGUGGUUCAUUGUACAAUUAGUCACUGUUUUAUAAGAACGGUCACAUAUGUUAGUGUGUUGGGUUGUUGAGCUUUUUUCUUUGUAUAAUUUGUCCAAAGCUAUUACUGUGUUUCCAGCUUUUGUUACAACAAUCCUCACUUUUGUCUGUUGAAUUAACCUGAUUUAUUAGAAUCUACUCAAUUUGUGUCCAGACAUAAGCCUGUACAUUUAUAUUUAACUAGGUCAAUGUGUUUCAACACUAACUAUAAUCCAAGUGGAACAUAUGUCAUAUUUUUCUUUUCCUUUUUCUAAAUAUUGACAUUUUUCCCAUACCAUUUCAGUUUCUGCCACACAAUUAUGACAAUACAAUUUAGUCAUGUCUGGAAAGAUUUAUUUGGAUUUGAAACCUCCAUGCAACAUCGCUGAAUAGAGACAACAAGCAUACCUUUACUAUGUGCUAUUUAAUUAGACAAUUAUAUGCAUUCAAGCCAGGGCCAUGGUUGUAUCUACUAUACAAUAUUUUUAUGAUAAAAAAAUGUAUACUUUACAACAUUUCUAGGAAAAGGUUAUUUAAAAUGCAUGCGCUAUAUAAAGGUUCCUUGCAUUGUAAAACUGACAGUUGACAGAAUUCUACUGGUGAAAAGGCUCAGCUAUAUGAUACAGUAAGAGUUAUUAUAAUAUACUUGAAAAUAAAGAAGUUGUUUGAAGUAGCUA